UUGGUUUUUUUUUUUUUGCUUCACUUCUCUUUGCCGCCCUGUCUGUCCAGCGUGUAAUGGAAAUUUUACCACAGACGCUCACGAUGAACAAACAGGAAGCCAGCAGAAAGUGUGGCAAUUCGCUGUAGCCCGGCUCAACUCAGUCGAGUGACAAGAAAGGCCAUAAAAGCUGGCGUGGGGGUGGCAGGGUAGAGGAGAGCAGGCGAGAGGGGCCAGGGCUGGGCAGCCAGUGCAGGGGAUCCGACCUCUGCCUCGCCUCCCCGGGGAAAACGCAGGUUCGCAGAGACAGCAGCACUUUUGCAAGAUGAAGUGAUUGCCGAGCUCCAAGUGCCGAAUGAUGGAAGCUCCAGCAGGGAGGGAGGAAAAGGCAAAUGAAUCACACGCAGGAAUCCCUCGGGCCCGACUGGCAUCCAGAGCGCGGUGGCGGGCGGCCGGCGCGGUGCGGUGCGGUCUGUCCGUCUGUCCUGUCCUGUCCUGUCUGUCCUGCCGGGCGGAGCGGAGAGCGGCGUCUGGCCCCGGAGCGGCUGCCAUGCGGGUCAGGAUGAUUUCGGCUGCCUCCGUCCUCGUCCUGCUCUUCCUGCCCUCGGAGACCUGCUCGCCCCUGCAGUGGCCCCGGAGCCCAUCCCGCAGGCUGACCCUGGCCCCCCAACCCACCUGGGAGCCCUGGCCAGGAGCCCAGCGAUCCCCGGUCCCGGAUACCGGCCCCUUGCCACAAAGACUGUGUCAGCCCCACGGGGCAGAGCCCACCCUGGCCCCCCGCACCCCACGGGCGCUGCAAACCGGCAAGAGGCGAGAUGGCAAACCCAACUCGCUGGAUCUCACCUUCCACCUCCUGCGUGAGUUCCUGGAGAUGUCCCGGGAGGAGAGACUGGCCCAGAAAGCGCUCAGCAAUAAGCUCUUGCUGCAGAGUAUAGGAAAAUGAAGGAGGGUCGGGGGGGGUGGGGAAGGGGGGGGGAAUGAAGAAGACCGACCCUAUAGCGAGCGGCCAUGGCAGAGCGGAGAAUGGGGGGGUGGGGGGGGUGGGUGCCGCUGCCCAGCCAGGGGCUGGAGCCGUGCCCAGGGAGCCCCCCCCCCUUGCCCGGUGGGGUCCCCGUCGCUGCAUCCCGCGUGUUGCUCUCGCUAUUGUGCAUUAAAGUUGCCCUCGCACUUGC